GAAAGCUACCGUACAGCAAAGCAUGGCGGCCCGGGCUGGCCUUCAGGCUUCAGCAGAACAAGGAGAGGAGCUCAGCUGCCAUGAAGGCGAUCUACUAGGUACCGUAGACGGUAGCAAAUCUUGGUGGGAAGAAGAUAUGGCAGUACUAGCAGGAAUUGGUAGGCUGCGCCGGGCGCUUCUGGAGGUCUGCUGAACACUUUCGGCAUGGCACAACGAUGAUCAGGCCGUCAGCCAGUUUGCCCCUUUCGGCGGAGAACUCCAGCCUGGUUGAAUGCUAAGCGACUUCUUGCUGUACCAAAAAGAUGGACUCAGAAAACAGCUCUGCUGAAGGGCAUGGAAAGGCUGGAUCAAGUGGAGCCGAUGUUGCAUCCAAGGCAUCUGCGCCUUCAUCAGAGCCUGCCCUUGGAGAGUCGCUAGGAGCAGCAAAGUGCAGAACACCCAUAGCAUCUGCUAAGACACCGAUAGCACAUCGGAAAACCCCUUGGAAUGUUACUCCUAGAACCACUGCAACCACCCCUUAUGCCAAGUCCUUCCUUGCAUUGAAAUCGCCAAAGGUGGCUGAAGUCCUGCGGCAGGCAGAUACCGCAAGGCUUGAGGCACGGUAUCACCUCAAGGUUACAGAGUUGACGAAAGCUGAUGCAGCCAUCAAGAAGCUGACAGCAGAGGUGGCGGAGGCAGCGGUUUUCAAGCAGUUGCUUGCUGAGAAGGAGGAGGAGCUGAAAACUCUGAGGGAGGAGCAGAGAGCUCUGAGGGAGGAGCUGAGGGACUCAAAGCAGGAAACAGAAGAGCUCCAGAGGGAUCACUCAGCGCUUGUGGAGAAGCAUUCUUCCCUGGCCAGCGCCCAUGCCGCAGCCCUGGAGUCUGCUGCACAGAAGGAGCGCCUCUUGCUCAAGGACCAGCAGGCGGCCAGCAACCAGCGCAUACGCGAGCAGAGCCUAAGCCUGCACACGAUGACUGACAUAAUGUCGAUGACGCGGCGGGGUCUGGCGCUGGCGCAGACGAUGCGGCGCACGCACUCAGUCAGCUCCCCAACGAACGUGCACAGCCUGAAGGAGAGCCUGAUGACAAGGAGUGCAGCGGUGGGGGUGGGUGAGAGGGCCGAGGGGCGUUUUCGGGUUGAGAAGGGAACGGGGCUUGCAAGUGCUCUUGGUGAGACGAGCAAGGAGAGUCCUAGCACGGACGAGGGGAACACGUCAAUUGACACUGCAGAAGGGGAGCUUCAGAGGGAGCCGUCGCUGAUGAGCAUCGCUGCCUCGUCCAACGUCCUGGAGGCCGCCAUAGUUCAUAUCAGCCCGCUCUUCCUAACGGACGUUGCUGAGGCGAAUGCCCCCACAACCAGUGGUUCAAACGUGGCGCACUCUGAGCUGACCCGUGCUGCCCAAGAGGAGGAAGGGUUUGAACUAGAGCUGCCGAUUCCAGGGGAGCUGAGCUUUGAUGACGGGGAACUAGCAGGGGGGGACCUCGGGAGAGAUGGAGCCUCGCGGAGAGCCUCUGAAACCGAGCGGAGAGAGUCUGACGUGACGGCAGGAGAUGGGAGGGGGCCAGCUGACAGCGCGGGGACUCAAAGCAGCCCAGAGACGGACAGCCUGAAGCAAAGCUUGACUGGUCUGCAAGAGGAGGAAGACGAAAGGGGAGAAACCAGAGGAGUGUCAACGGAAGGGGCUGGAUCUGCUUCACUGACCAUCUCCCAAUGGAGUCCUCGGUCGUCCCCGCUUGUGCUGACGUCAUCAGAUCGGCGGAGAGAGAGCAGGACAUCUGGCAAGGGCAAACGAGGCGCCGAGGAAUCGGGCAUGCGGUCAUCCCCCCGGAGUGCUCUAGCAUCGAUCCAGAACCUGGGGUUAGCCUCAUCCUCCGUUUUGACUAACCCUCGCAAGCCAAAGUACGCCCCAUCCCCCGACGUUGAGAACAAGACCCCGGACGCUCAGCUAACCCAGGGGGUUAAGGAGGGAAUGCCAGUGGGCCGGCCGCUGUCAAGCAGCCUGGGCAAGCACUUCUCGCCGAAACGGUCUUCACUGGGUGCGGCUGAAAAGCCAUCAGCUGUUUCUCAUCUAACCUCUCCCCUGGUCCCCAAGCCUUCGAGCAUCCUGAGCGGGAACUGCCACUUUGAUCCCGGCGCGCUCGGAGGCAGGUCCCCAAUCGUUGCGCGCUUUGCCGAGAAGAACUCCCCCCUCCUGCGAGGCUUCCGCCUCAGCCAGGCCUUUGCCAAGCCUGUCGACAGCCCCUCCCGCUUCCAGGAUCCCAAGCCCGCACACUUUGGGGGGGUCGUGACCCCCUUGGGAACCUCCCCCCCAACUGCACGAAGGCUGCUUGUCGACACCCCUCCGAAGGAACCGGUCAACCCAGAAAACCCCCCGGUCAAAACACCAGAGGUGGAGGCCGAAUGCAAACCCCCUGUUGCGAGCCCAUUCCUUGGCUGGCCGAUGCCCGCACUCGCAGAGAUCAUGAAUGCAGUCGCCCCUACUCCGAAAGCUCCCCUGCCUGCUUCUGGUGCGCAGCCCUCUCAGCUGCUCUCGCCUAAAGAGCCAGUCACACCAAAGGCGCUGCUAGCCCGGGCCGACUCUCUCGGGGGUUCGCCUUACUUUGCGGAUCUGACAACGCCUGUCCAAAGCAGCGCUCCUUCCGAGCGGUCACUGGCCAUAUCAGGAAGCACAAUGGACGGACAGGCAAAAGGGAGCGGGUUCACGUGGGGCCUCAAGGAGCCCUCUCCACAGUUGCCCAAGCUUCCCGGCCUCGCCCUCCCCCCCAAGCCGCUCCUCGACUACUCCGGUCCUUCCUCAAGGAAACGAACCAACUUCGGGGCCGCUGCCUUCGAGGGUUUCGGCGACGUGUCUGGCCCGAACAGGGACCUUCGGCUUGACGGCUUCGAAGGGUUAAGCAAGGGUUUGGGCGAGGUUCCGGCUGAGACCGUGCAAGGGUUUGACGCUCCCAGGAGAAGUUUGGCAGGGAUUGCAGGUGAAGUAGAGUCUGAACCUCCAACAAGGAGCGGAGGGGCGACAGAGAUUGAGGAGGAAGAGAGGGCGCCGUCGCAGGCGAAAGGGGUUGUGAGGCAGCGUGUCACAGCGUUCGAGCAGGGGACAAUGACGUCAGCUGGGGGUCCGGUGCGGAGGCUGCGCCGGCAGGGCCGGCUCUCGAAGGAGCUGGGGAGGACACGUGGCAGCACCGCAGAAGGCGGAGAGCAGCCCGCAAAGGAAUGGGCGGCCCACGGCGCUGGCGCUGAGCCGAACCGCCCUGUUCGAAACGUCACGCUGAAAGACAUCACGUCGAAGCGACGCGGCUCUGCCGACUCGGCCAGCGGAUCGCUCCCCAGAACCCCCGAGAUCGUCGAGUUCGCUCCCGUUUCCCCCCCAUCCGGCGCCCCCCAGACCUCCUCGCCAGUCAACAAUCCCCGAGCGCCCCACCCCGGGGGAGUGGGUGUAUGCUCCGUGCUCGUGGUUCUGGAAGAAGGCAAGAAAGGCUCCGCUCGGAGCGCGCAGGAACCCCCGAACGUUAUUGGUUGCAUCGAGGUUCCGAAGACGACGACUCUGGCGGAACUGAGGGACCAGAUCCGAGGAGAGCUGGGGGCCAAGGGCCCCGAACGGUUCGCGUUUCUGCAGGCGGGGAUUGGUGCCACGUGGCACGCGUUCAGUAGCGAGAUCGAGGGUCUGGUGACCGCGUUAACACUCCCAGUCGCGGACGGGCCCUACCAGUACCUCGCAGGUGAGGCGGCAAAUCCGCCCAUCUCCGCGAGCCCUCCAGUUCCCAGCCCGACUCGGCACGCCGUCCGAUUGGCAAUCCUGCGGCCUCUCCCCGUGACGCGGACCCUGUAUUCUGCGAACGGACCGAACGGAGUGGACCGGAAUGCGGCCGCCGCGACAAAGGACGGUGCAGGACGAGGCCUUGUUGGACGGCCGGCAGAACCCGGGGAGGCCCUUUCGGGCCAAGGCACGCGCUCGCGUCUGCAGAACCAGGCGCCCAGAUUCGCAGGCCCUUGGGCUGCAAGGCCCGCUCCAGCGCUGGCGGGGCUGAGCGUCCGCAUGACGGGCGGGCUGCGCGAGGUGGCCAUCGCGGACGCGGCCCGCCGCGAGAGCCGGCUGCGGUCCAGGGAUAAAUGAAAGUUAGCCCUGGCUUGUUGUCGGUGGAGACCGUACUGAGAGGGAGGGGUCUGAUGCAACUCGCCAGGGCGCAUUCGAACGAGAGCUGUCGAAAGCUCUAAGCACUACAGAUAUUGACAAGAAGUCCUGGUCCUGGGACGCAAUUUCGAGAGCUUAACGUUGUAGUUGCACAAUCCUCAUAACUGUAAGUCGAAGCUAUAUGUAUCAAGGUCUGUACUCAGUAGACAGGGUAGCCAACAAGAGUCAGAAAAUUUAGUGUCACUGCCUGCUAUAAGCAUAUAGCCUUGUCCAGUAAGGUCGCCGUGAGGCAAACGACACAAUAUUUAGGGUUUUGAUCCUCUUCUCAAACGGUGGAAGUGAAGCGAUACAUUUUGUACUGCAUGAUG